AUGGUUGUCAAAAGACUGCGAUUCCGAUUACUGGUUGCGGUAGUCUGCUUUACUGGCUUCACACUCUGGAAUUCGUCCUCGUUAGGCAAUCUUCUGGAGAUUCGCAGUGCACCACAAAUCCAACCAGGAGAGCCGGAUCUGUCGUGUAGAAAUCUACCAGGCGCAAACGACACAUUGGUAGUUCUCAAGACAGGGUCGACUGAGAUUCAAGACCGCCUACCAAUCCACUUCUCGACCACAUUGCGAUGCUAUCCCAAUUACAUGAUCUUCUCUGACCACGAAGAAGAUUAUGAGGAUCAGCAUAUAUUCGACGCUCUGAGUGGAGUCAGUCCGGAGCUAGUCGACCACCACAAGGACUUUGAGCUCUAUCGCAACCUCAAACAGGAUGGCAGGGCAGUGCUGAAGAGCAGCGACCUGAGUGGCUCAGGUACUGAAGCCACGCAAUGGCACGGCAAAGUCGAGAAUCCAGGCUGGAAACUUGACAAAUGGAAAUUCCUGCCCAUGCUCAACAGAACACUUCAUGAGUAUCCCGACAAGAAGUGGUAUGUCUUCGUGGAAGCAGACAGCUAUCUACUAUGGGCAUCAUUGUUGGAGUAUCUGGCAGUUCUGGAUCCAUCCAAACCUCAUUACACCGGCAGCAUUAUGUUCAUUGGCGACACGGUCUUCGCGCAUGGUGGCUCUGGCUUCAUGGUCUCGCAGCCAGCGAUGCAUAUGGUAGUAGACCAGUAUGCUGCACACAAAGCCGAGAUCGAAGCUUAUACCGAUGGUCAUUGGGCCGGCGACUGUGUACUGGGCAAAGUGUUCACAGAAGCCGGUGUGAAGUUCACCGACGCAUGGCCCAUCAUGCAAGGAGACUAUCCCGGACUCGUUGCUUAUGCCCGACCUGACGGACGUCCGAUAGCAGACCCGAACAAGCGCGUAUGGUGCUAUCCUACAGUGUCGUAUCACCAUGUGUCUCCCGAGAUGAUUGAGGACCUCUGGAAGUACGAGCAGCAGUGGCUCGCUCACAAGCCCCAAGACGUACGCUUCCAUCGUCACAAGGACAUCUUCAGUCAGUACAUUCUCCCUAGAAUGUCUACGGAUUUACUCGACUGGGACAAUGAAAGUGACCGCGAAGAGAGUAACAUUGGCUCCUUCGAGGAGUGCAGGUCAAAGUGCGAAGCAGCGUCAGAGUGUAAGCAGUAUUCAUACAGUGAAGAUGGACACUGCAAGACUCGCGUCGAUCCUAGAUUGGGAAAAGCGACGCCUCAUAUGAAGUCGGGCUGGUUACCAGAUCGUAUGGAGCGUUUCAAGCAGGACAUGGCUCCAUGUGGAGACGAGAGCUGGAUGCUGUAA